UCUCUCUCUCUCUCUCUCUCUCUCUCACAUCGCCUCCUUGAUCCUCGUAGUAGAUGGUGAAUUGUGAUAUAUUUGUCCAGCUUAGGUGGCUUAAGCAAAUUCAUCAUGAUUCGUUAUCUACAUGUGCUUAAUUUGAUUGAAUUCCAUUCAAAUUGGUAGUAGUAGAGCAUUGAAUUUGAGAGAGGGAGUGUAAGGUUAGGUUUUGUAGAGAUGGAGGAUCAAAUGGGCGAGGACUUUUUCGAUAAAUUGGUUGACGACGAUAGUAAUGGUUUCGCUGGAUGUGGCCCUAGUUUUAUAGAACACGAAGUGACCGAAGAGGUGAAAGCAUUUUCAAACUUAUGUAUAGGUGACAAUGUCAAUAGUGGGGACAAUGGCGAAAGGGAGUCUGGUGGUGGGGUUGUGUCAAAAUCCUUGGAUGGUCAUCGGGACAUUGUGACUGCUGAGGGAAGUGUUUUAGUAGCCCCUGAUAAUGUAGUUCAAUCAAGUGAUGCUGCAUUGGAAGCAAUAGGUGAAUUAGACAUGCAAAAGAGCAGAAAUGGUGGAACGGGUGUGAAGGAGGUUGAUUGGAGUUCAUUUAACUCCGCUUCAAAUAGCCGUUUCGGAUCGUAUUCUGACUUUUUGAAUGAAGUGGGUGUUAGCUCGGGAGAUUUGGAUAGGAAGGAUGUGGUCAGUGUCUCUGAAGACAUGCCUUGUGGUUUUCGUUCAUCUACUGUAAAUCACGAAGAAGGUGGUCGAUAUUAUGGAUCGCAAACCGAGAAGGCCAUUGAUGGGCAGGACUUAAAUAGCAGUCAAAAUUGGGAAAACCUCUAUCCAGGGUGGAGGUAUAACCCAAGCACUGGGCAAUGGCAUGAGAUUGAAGGCUAUGGUGUGACUGUGAGUACCCAGGACAAUUUGUAUACCAGUUCCACAUCAGCCGGUGAUAAUGCAGUUACAGAGCAAAGGUCAGAUGCUUAUUGUUUUCACCAACCAGUAGCAGAAUAUGGGAUGGCCAAUGUUUCUAACUGGAAUCAAUGUUCGCAACAGAAGGUGGAGGAGUAUCCAGCCUAUAUGGUUUUUGAUCCGCAGUACCCUGGGUGGUACUAUGACACAAUUGCCCAAGAAUGGCGGCUCUUCGAGUCGUACAAGGGAGUAAUGACUCAGCCAACCAAUGUUAGUCAUAACCAACAGAGUCAAGAUAGUGGCUCUUCCACAGUUCACCUCUUACCUGCAGAAAAUCAUAGCAUUCAUCAGAACUUUGGUCAAAUUGGGAAGUUUGAGUCACAAGGCCUGAGUAUCCAAGGCCAAGUAUCUGCGAGUGAUUACAAUUGGCAGAAUAGGAGUACAUGGCAAACGGCGUCACUUCCUAACAGUGGGGUUAUAGAAAUUAUUGACAAUCAAGUGUCGCAUAAUCCAUGCACUCAAACUUAUCGUGCAAGCAAUUCCGCUGAUCAACAAAUGUGGUUACCUGAGCAGACAAGUCACAGAAUUGGGAGUGCUAUUAGCAUUUCCGAUCAAACCUGUAUCCCUGGUGUAAUCUUUUCUGAGCAUAGUAAUCAGCAUAAGCCGGAACCUAGCAGUCCAAGCCCACAGGUGCAUGUCUCACCUUUUUACUUUGGAAGUCAGAAAUCACCUGAUUUUUCACAGCCACUGCAGCAUUGCAGUCAGUUCCCUAAUGCCUCCAGUGAGGGGAGGUCACCAGCUGGGCGGCCUCCACAUGCUCUCGUGACUUUUGGAUUUGGUGGAAAACUUAUAGUCAUGAAAGACAACAGUUCUUUAACCAAUUCAGCAUGCGGAAGCAAGGACUCAGCUGAUGGUAUCAUUAGUGUUCUCAACUUGAUGGAUGUUGUCAUGGACAAAACUGUUGCUUCAAGCAUAGGAUUAGGAGCCUGUGAUUAUUUCCAUGCGUUAUGUCAGCAAUCUUUUCCUGGUCCAUUGGUUGGUGGGAAUGUUGGAAGUAGAGAGGUUAAUAAAUGGGUUGAUGAGAAGAUUGCUAGCUGUAAAUCUCCAGACAUGGAAUACAGAAGAGGUGAACUUCUAAGGUUGUUGUUCUCUUUGCUGAAAAUAGGAUGUCAAUAUCGUGGUAAACUUCGAUCACCCUGUGGAACUGACCAAGCAUUGAAGGAAAGUGAUUGUCCAGAAUUAGCUGUAGCUCAGCUCUUCGCAUCUGCCAAGAGAAAUGUUGGACCAUAUGGCGCUUUUAGUCGCUGCUUGCAGAACUUUCCUUCUGAAGGGGAGAUUCAGGCUACUGCUUUUGAGGUCCAGAAGCUUCUGAUUUCCGGUAGAAUAAAAGAGGCUUUACUGUGUGCACAGGAAGGUCACUUGUGGGGGCCAGCCCUUGCUCUGGCAGCUCAACUUGGUGACAAGUUUUAUAGUGAUACUGUAAAACAAAUGGCACUUUGCCAGUUAGUUGUGGGAUCUCCUCUGAGGACGGUAUGCCUGCUUAUUGCUGGGCAACCUGCUGAUGUGUUUUCGAAUGGCAUGUGUACUAGCAGUCUGCCUGGUGUGGUAAAUGGAUCUCAACAUUCCUCUCAGGUUUGCAAUGGAGCUAGUUGUACGCUUGACAACUGGGAGGAGAAUUUAGCUAUCAUAACAGCUAACAGAACAAAAGAUGAUGAGCUUGUGAUUAUUCAUUUCGGAGAUUGCCUAUUGAAGGAGAGGGGUGAGAUUCUUGUGGCCCAUAUUUGUUAUUUAGUUGCUGAAGCGAACUUCGAGUCUUAUUCAGGCAGUGCACGAGUCUGCCUUAUUGGUGCAGAUCAUUGGAAUUUUCCUCGAACAUAUGCUAGUCCCGAGGCCAUUCAGAGGACAGAGUUAUACGAAUAUUCAAAGGUCCUGGGAAAUUCUCAAUUCAUUGUACCACCUUGUCAACCAUACAAGCUUAUCUAUGCACACAUGCUGGCCGAAGUUGGAAAGGUUUCAGAUUCUUUGAAAUACUGUCAAGCUAUUUUGAAGUGCUUAAAAACUUGUCGGUCACCAGAAGUGGAUGCAUGGAAAAUUUUAGUGCUUUCUCUUGAGGAGCGGAUAAAAAUUCACCAGCAGGGUGGAUACUCAUCUAAUUUGGCUCCUGCAAAACUGGUGGGUAAAUUGCUCAAUUUGUUUGAUAGUACUUCUAAUCGUGUUGUGGGAGGACUUCCACCACCUGUACCAUCGACAUCACAUGCUAGUUCACAGCGCAAUGAACAUGAUUGUCAAAAAGUCGGCCCAAGGGUGUCUAACAGUCAAUCAACAAUGGCCAUGUCUUCUUUGGUUCCUUCAGCAUCGACAGAACCAAUAAGCGAAUGGCAAGGUGGGAGCAACCGAUCACGGCACAAUAGAAGCAUUUCGGAGCCAGAUUUUGGUAAAUCACCAAUAAAGGACGGAGGCUCCCCUGAUAUGAAAGGAAACACACCAGGCACAGGUGGGUCUUCUCGUUUUGGUCUUUUCCGCACAAAUCUAUUUCAAAAAACCAUGGGGUUGGUAUUAAGGUCCCGCUCAGAUCGACAGGCUAAGUUGGGCGAGACAAAUCGGUUUUAUUAUGAUGAAAAGCUGAAGAGAUGGGUAGAAGAAGGGGCUGAAACCCCGUCUGAGGAAGUAACCUUGCCACCUCCACCACGGAAUGCAGCUUUCCAGAACAGAAUGCCUGAUAACACUUUGAAAGAUGGACCUAAUCUUGAUAGGUUACAUUCUAAUGAUGGAUCAGACCAUGAAAACCAAAGUCCCUUGGAAUUGAACUUAGGGAACCAACCAAUUCCACCCAGUUCAGAUCAGUUCUCUGCCCGUGGACGCAUGGGCAUUCGUGCAAGGUAUGUUGACACUUUCCACAAGGAUGGUGCAGCCCCACCAAACUUAUUUCGAUCACCUUCUCUUCCAGCUGGAAAACCUGGGGUUGGUCCCAAUACCAAGUUUUUCAUCCCUACUCCAAGGGCUUUGGGAGAUGAAACAGUACAAACAACGGAAGACUUGCAAGAAGCUGCUGUUAACAACAAAAGCCCCUCUACAUCCGAUGAGAGCAAUCCAUUUUCAUCUCCACCAACAUCAACCUCAUCGACAACGACAAUGCACCGGGUGCCUAGCAUGGAUAAUAUUGCAAGAAGCAGAACUGGAGCUCUGGGAAAUGACAAAGGAUCCCUUCCCCCUCAUUCUAGGCGUACAGUGUCAUGGAGUGGGAGCUUUUGCGAUCCAUCUAAUCCUUCUAAUGGGACAGAAUUUAAACCUCUUGGAGAAGUAAUGCCUCAACCUUUGCUUAUGCCUGGAAACUCCUCAUCGAUGCAGGUCUCUAUGAAUAGCCGCAAUCUUGGGAAUGACCUCCAUGAAGUUGAACUUUAAGAUGAGUUUGGAUCGUGGAUUUAUGGAGGGAUUUCCAGUAAAUAAAUUUAACUUCUUCACUUCAGUAUCUUCUCAUCUUCUCCAUUACCUUUUUUUCCUUGCCUCCAUAUAUCCUUGAUCCAAAUUGCUUGGGAAAAAGAUUGAUAUACGCCUCACAGUGAGUCAGUGACAUUUGCCACACAAUUAGACAUUCUCGACCCCGAGUAGCUUGAAAUGAGGGUUGAGUGAUCACGUUUGUGGUAUCUGGUAGUUUUGAUUUUUGGUGAAAAGCCUUAAAGCAGAUGGACACAGAUGCCAUCCCUACAAGAUUUGUGCUUAUUGGCAAUGAUGUUCAGGUCAUUUGAUGAUUUCGUUAGAUACAAAUUGGUUUAGUGGUAGAAGAGGGUCUGGAAGAGCAGCCCUUUCACUCGAUUCAUUAAGAAAAAUUAGUGCGAAUUUUGAUACUAUUUUUUCUCUGCCCAAGUUGAUAAUCAGGUCUCAAAGUAAACAGCAAUAUCAGCCAUGAAAGGCUGAAAACUUUUGGUUC